GGUAAAUACAUGGCUUGCUGCCUGUUGUACCGUGGCGACGUGGUUCCCAAAGAUGUCAAUGCUGCUAUUGCCACCAUCAAGACCAAGCGCAGCAUCCAGUUCGUGGACUGGUGCCCCACCGGCUUCAAAGUGGGCAUUAAUUACCAGCCUCCCACUGUGGUACCUGGCGGAGACCUGGCCAAAGUCCAGCGGGCUGUGUGCAUGCUGAGCAACACCACAGCCAUCGCUGAGGCCUGGGCUCGCCUGGACCACAAGUUUGACCUGAUGUAUGCCAAGCGUGCCUUUGUUCACUGGUAUGUGGGGGAGGGCAUGGAGGAAGGAGAGUUUUCUGAGGCCCGUGAGGACAUGGCUGCCCUUGAGAAGGAUUAUGAGGAGGUUGGUGUGGAUUCUGUUGAAGGAGAGGGUGAAGAAGAAGGAGAGGAAUACUGAUUACCAUUCCUUUCAGCCCUGCAGGCAUGUCACACUCAGAGCUUAAGCUUCAACAUUAGCUGACAGGCAUUAAAGCUCUCUGGUUAGAUUGUCUUCACUUCUGUGAUCAUGUCUUUUCCAUGUGUACCUGUUGCAUUUUUCCAUCAUGUCUCAAAGUAAAGGCUUUAAGAAAAA